CCACGGGGAUGUUUGUUGGCUUCUUUGAUGGUAAUUUUUUGAAAACACUUCUAUAGGUUUGUAAUGGUGAUUUAACAUGGAAAGAAUUGGUGGUUUUGAUUGACGAACAUGUUGCGAAAUGUUUGGUUGUUUUUUUUCUUUGCAUUUUGCAGUCACAGUUCUGUGUCUUAUCUGGCUAACAAAGCAUACAGUGGACUCGGUUCAGCUGUCAGCCCCAGAGAAGAUAACUGCACCAUACGGAGGAUCUGUGACAGUCUCUUGUCAGUAUGAGCAUCAGUUCAGAGAAAACACAAAGUACUGGUGCAAAGGGCCGGUGUAUGACCUGUGUACCAUAGUGGUGAAAACACCCAAGAACCGACCCGGUAACAGAAGCUCCAUUGCUGAUGAUAAGGAGGCAGGAGUCUUCACUGUAACUAUGACUUCACUCAGAGACAGUGAUGAAGGUUCCUACUGGUGUGUCGUCGCCACAUCUGGAAGGAACAUCUACAGUCGUGUCAGGCUCUCAGUCUCCCACACAGUGGUUACAACUACCGUCACUACACCAACCAGUUCCUCAUUGGAACAUGAUGAAAUGCGAUGGUGGGCGACUCUACGUUGGAUCCUCUUUAUUUUAAUGUUGUGUUGUCUGGCAUCAAUACAUAUCGCUGUGUGGAGGAUAAAAGGUACCAGGAAAAUAUGUGUGCAACAAUUUCAAUAUCAAAACUCAAACAUUUAUGACUGAAAGUUAGGCAACACCAUGAGUGUAAAUCAUGGGUGAAUUAUAAAUGCGUUAAUACUAAGGUUACAAAACCGUUCCUCCAGAAGACUUUCUAUCAGUGUGUGAAUUAAACCAAAAAACAAACCAAGUGAAAAACUGGCUUUCAGACACUUUUUCCCCUUUUAUUUAACUGAUUAAAACCUCAUUAAUUUCAGUGUCCAGGGCCUAAGAUAACUUUGGGCUCAACUUCUGAAUAUCCAAAAUUAGUACCUCUGGAGAACUGAGGCUCUUGGCCUUUAUUUAAUUUAUCUGCAGAUCUUAUAUGAAUGGUCAUGAAGGUGGUGUUCAUUUGCAUUUAACCACCAGUUUCUAGGGGUUCUUCUAAAUCUGUCAGUGUUGUACUCCAAAGAUCUGAAAAUAGAAGGCAGAAUAAAAAUCACUUCAUGCAUAAAUGAAGGCCUGUUUUUUGUGAAAUGUUGCUAUGACAUUGAAUAGUUGUGAUGUACUCCCCUAUUUUUCAGUAAUUUAAGGAAGGAUCACAGAGGCAUAGUUUCCUCACAUUAAUAGACACACACACACACGCACAUACACACACACACACACACAGACUGACUUAGAAAAUCACAUCUACAUCUGAGAUGGAGUUUUUCUAUCCAAGAUAAUUUAUGUAAACUGUUGAUUUUCAGUUACAAUCAUAGGUAAAUUAUGUUUUAAUUCCCCUGAAAAUGUUAUAUAUUAUAUUCUCAAAGAGAGGCGGUGAUGAUUUAUGAUCCUUGCCAAGCAGAUUGCAUUACCCUGCUGCAAGAAGUUGGAUAAUUGUGUCUGCUGGUCAGAGAACAGCAUACAGACUAGUAUUAACAGUUUAUUAUCCACACUUGUAUAAUAUAAUGCAAUAACCCUGCAUUUAAUCUUAUUUCUGUGACGCAUGUGAUGUUCAGUUUAUGCAUAUCAGAGAGGUAGUGAAGUAU